UUUUUUGGUGUAUACAAAAUCAACAAUUAAAAUCUACCGUUUUACUUUUUAUAAUUCACACAUCUAUUCAUUCAGACACCUACAUAAAAAUAUCUAUUAUUAUUAUUUAAAUACACCAAACAUUUUUUGUAUUAUUUUGAGAUUUGUGGGUAAAAAUAAAUUGACUUUUUGUUAUUUGUUUGUUUUUUUUGUAAAAAAGGUUAUAAUUCUUUUGAAGUUUUUUUUUAAUUUUUAAAAUCUUUAAAUAUUUUUUUUUGAAAAUAUAAACAAAAUAAUGUCAAAAGAUAAUUUAAUUACUGCUUGCGCUUUUGUUAAUGACAAGGAUAAUUUUGUUUUACAAAAGGUUUUGGAACAUUUGACAGCAAAUUCUAAUGAAAACAAGGAAUAUAGUUCAUCAACAAUUCUUCAUUUAAACACAAAAUAUUAUAUUUGUGAUGUCCCAGUAUUUAAUUUUAAUUCAUUUGAAGAUUUUACAGAAAGUCGAUCAAAACAAAAAAACGAAAAUUCAUUUCUUGCUUUAAUUGUUUGUGCUUUUCUUGUUGAAAUAAAUGAACUUUUUUUGGAUAAACUUUCUAAAAUUUCACAAAUUGAGUCUUUGGAUGUUAAGACACUUAUUAUAAAAAAUUGGACAAAUUCUGGAAGUUUUGAUAAUAAAUUAAAUUCAACUCCAUUUGAUUUUGCAAAAUUAAAUAAAUUUGCUCUUUCACACAAUAUUGAAAUAAUUAAUGUUUUUAAUGAGGAAGGAUCGGUAAUUUUUAAAAUUAAAAUAUUUCUUUUGUAA